AUGCCGCUAGAUUACUAUCAAGUCCUGGGGCUGGCAAAGACUGCCAGUGCGGAUGAAAUUCGCCGCGCCUACAAACAACAAGCACUGCGGCAUCAUCCGGACAAGAAUCCUGAGAAUGUGGAAGAAGCCACGGCAAAAUUCAAACUCGUCUCGGAAGCUUACUCCGUGCUGAAUGAUCCAGCACGACGGGCUGCAUAUGAUGCUGGCAAGCUGGGGAGUGACCGCGAAGAUGAGACUGGUAGCAAUUUCACUGCCAACAUGGCCCAUGAUCUCUUUGCAGAGGUUUUUGGCUCUGAAUUUGCGCGAAAAUUCGCCGAAGCCGCAGGCAAUGCAAGUUCUGCGGUGGCUGGCACCAUUGAUUUCGUGGCGGAGACAGAGACCUUUAAGGCCGCCAAACGUGCGACUGCCAGCGGCUUGAACAAGGCGGCCGAGUCGGUGGGGCAAAGUCAGGUGGUCCGAAGCGCAGUUGCCAAGCACCUGGGAUCCUUGACGGAUCAAGCCAACGUGCGUGUGGCGGAGAAGGCUCCAUUUUGA